AUGCGUUUCUUCGGAAUCUUUGCUGCUCUCACCGCAGUCACCUCCGUCUUUGCGGCCCCAGUCGCCGUUCCAGCUCCCAAUGCUGAACUCGCUGCCAAGCGUGCCGAAGUUGUUGUUCCGGUCAAGAUUGGCAAACUCGCCAUGGCUCUCAGUGUCAACACCAAGGGCCUCGCCGCGCAAAUUGAGCAAAUUGUGGCCGACCCCACUGGUGAGGUCACCGCUGUUGCUGGCUUGGUCAAGCCCCUCCUCGGCCAGGUCGUCGAGACGCUUAAGGACACAUUGAAGGGCCUCGCUGAAGAUCCCACUGGCACCAUCAAGAGCACCGUCAAUGAUGUUGUCGGUACCGUUGAUGGAACUGUCGAGGGCUUGACUCCCGAACAAUUGAAGGAUCUCCUCCAGGGAGUCAUCGAUGUACGUUCAUCCCUGUUCCCUUUGAUAUCACUCUUUAUUGACUAUUAUUGUUCUAUAGGCGCUCAACCAGGUCUUCACCAAGGUUCUCGAAUUCUGGCCGAUAUGUCAAC